AUGCAUUUCGCGUGUCUUGUGUGCGAGCAGGUAGUGGGCGGCGUCCUCGCGGCGAAAGCGCGCGAUCCCGCCCACAAAAGAGCCCGGACUGCGACUGAUGCGGAGCCCCUCCGUGACCCAGAAAAUUCGUCGUUUGGCGCCCCCAGCGGCGCGAUUUCGGCGGGAAAACACGCCCAGGCACCGUCCACGACGACAGAAGACGCUCAGGUAUCCCGCUGCUGCGUUUGUGACGGUAUUUACCACACGCCGUGCCUGUCGAAGCUCGAGGGGGGUCUGGAACAAGGGCUAGCAGCGAUCGGAGCGGCUUUUACGUGCGCGAAAUGCCGCUUUGAGGCCAAGAAACAGACGGACUGUGGGGACGAGACAUUCGACGAGGAAGCGCUGCCGAUUCUCGUGCCGGCGCUGGCUUUCCCGUACGUGAGGCGGCCCUGGAAGGCCCGCAACGACGGGAAUUUCACGAAGCACAGUGGAAUUUCAGUGGAGAAGGAGGAAAUUGACGAUGAAGAGAUGGACGAGAGUGAUGGCCAUGGGUGGAGCGUGUUCUCUACUGCUGUGGAGGUGUGCACGACCUGCCGACAGGUGCAGAUCGCUACGGAGGAAAGGGACAGCUGUCCGAAGUGCCAUGACGCCAAGCUGCAUCGACGCUGUGUGCUGCACCAUCAAGCGGAGCAUGGAUCCACGAAAAAGAAGAUGAAGAAGGCGUAUCGUGCAACGGGAAGGAAGAGACGACGUACCGAAGGCACGUUGGAGUGGUGCGCACCGUGCCUGCAGCAGAACGGCAAGCAGGCCAAGCAGCUGGGGGAUGGAUCUAUUGAGACGCGCACCAUUGCAAUGCUCGUGCGUGACGAAGAUAAGACGGAGGAGCAAGUACAGUGGUGGAAGGACUGCAGUGUGUGCAAGGGACGCUUUUGUUUGCAGGAGUUCUGCGACCCACAGGAGACGGAUGCGAGUCUGGACGAGGUGCUCGAGCACGCGCUAUUGGAUGAUGAAAGUGGUGCUGAAUGGCGUUGUGGACGUUGCGCUCAAGAAGCUGCUGUAGCUGCCUCGGUGGCAGGUGUUAGCGCAGCGGAUGCACUGGUUACGGCUACUCCCGAGCUCGUGACCGUGCUGAUCUGUGAUGGAUGCGAUCAGGAGUUCGAUAUGGCUAGCAUUUCUCCACCCCUGUCAAGCAUUCCAGAAGGUGAUUGGUUUUGCAGUAACUGCGUUUCCCAGUCAAGGGGCGCUGCCACCGGUGCUGGCAGUUCGACGGCGCCACUAGUUCCCGUGACGCUGUUGCUUUGUGACUUGUGUGACGGUGAAUUUGAUAUGAUGGCGUUGGAUCCACCGCUAACCGAAGUGCCAAGUGGCGACUGGUUCUGUUCAGCUUGUAGUUCCACGCAAGACACCCCGAGUCGAGGCACAACCCGCCGCCUGAAAACAAACGCUGGCCCAACUCAUGAUCCUCCAAGUGAUGUGUCCGCCACACAAGACACCCCGAGUCGAGGCACAACCCGCCGCCUGAAAACAAACGCAACUCAUGAUCCUCCAAGUGAUGUGUCCGCCACACAAGACACCCCGAGUCGAGGCACAACCCGCCGCCUGAAAACAAACGCUGGCCCAACUCAUGAUCCUCCAAGUAAUGCUUCCGUCGACGAUAAUGCUAGUGUUGACCCGCGCGUGCUCAUCCCACAGCCAAUCACCAUGGUGGUAUCGUCUGUUGGUAUCCGGAAUGAAUUUGAUGGAAUUAAGGCUACGAGUGGGUGGAGCUAUACCAAUCCGACUGUGGUGGUUGCAGACCCAGACGACAACCUUGCUGCCUUCAAAAUUGAUGACGUCGAGGAAAGCGAAAUUUGUAUUGUUUGCGAUAUCUGCUUUGGUGAAUUCAAGAUGACCGACGUCUUGGGUACCGGUGAUGCAUCUGCUGUUCCCGCUCGCCCGUGGUUUUGCAAGCCGUGUCUUAGAGCCCUCAAGCGAAGCAGAAAGAAGAGGCCUCGGUUUUCCAAGCAAAUGGUGCUGGAGAUGCAAGUCUACGGCCGUCUUUUACGACCGACUGCCGAGAAGGUUUCGGAUAUUGGAGAAGUUAUUCGUCUUGGAAAUCCACCAAACUCGCGUGCAGAGCGGCGCAAAAUGUACGAGCUUGUUGGGAAAAGCGUGGGGGUCUUUUUGCAGUGGGACAAGCAGUGGGUGAUAGGGCGCGUUACAGCCUUUCACGCGACACACCCUUCAAUGCACCACACUGUCUGCUUCGACGACGGUGUAGUAGCGUCAUUGCCGCUGUACGCGUUUCCGAUGGUUAUUGGAACGCGCACGAUGCUUUAUGUCAAGGUUCCGGCACUGCAGAACCGGUGGUGGCCUGCACAGGUACUGCAGCUAAAUGCUCUUGCGCGAAAGCUGCUUUUUACGACUGACGAAGAAGAGGUUGGAGCACGAGCCAACUUUCGCUUCGUGCGGAUAUUUGCUGGCAAUGACGAGCACGUUGAAACGACUCAGUACAUAUCAUGCUGGGUUCCCAAGUACCUGUGUCGAAUUAUGAAAAACUUCGUUCCGCCGCCUCCAGAAGAACCGACGACAACAGGAACGAUGGACACUGUGAACGACAUGUUCGCGACGUCGUUGGAGCGGGCGCACCAUGAGACGCAAGCCGAAAUUGAUCAUUUAGACCGCGUGUUUCAAGCAUUGCUAGUUGGGUUUCAGCGAGCGAUGAAAACUCCAGUGGCACUAGUACUUGAGAAGCCUGGAAAGGGCACGAAGCGCGUUGGUGGGCAGUCGGAUGUUGGUGAGCGCUAUGCUCAAAUCGCCGAAGCCAUGCUUGGUAAAAUCAUUGAGAUCACGUCAGUGGGCUCACGCAGCGAUGAUUUAUCCCCAGAGACGUAUGUGGUUAAAAGGUUUGACGCCGUCGCGAAAAAACAUGGCAUUGUACUUCACGAUGGUGGAGCGUGUUCGGAUGACGAGAAAUCCGAGACGAUGGUGGACCUACUUCUCGGUACUGAUGAGAUUGCAUACCAUUUUGACGAUGCCAGUUCUUUCAGCGAGCUGGCAAUUAUGCUCGAGUUGAGCGGUUCUGACGUGGGUGGAGGUAUUCCCGGAGAGUUUCACUCGAAAGAGCUGCUUGAAAGAGCAAUUAUUCGCGAGACCAGCAUACUUCGUGACAGUGCUGCUUUGGCGAAAGCGGACGGGGAAAAUAAGGAUCCGAACAACUCGUGCAGCUGCUGCUUACUCGGGCCAGACGAACUCCGGGGUGGUGUUGAUUCAAAUGAAGUUGUGGGAAAUGGAGAACAAAAGGAGGAGUUGGUAGAGUGUGCAAAGUGUGACCGAAGAUUCCACACUACUUGUUGUGAUCCGCCGCACGCGCCAAUCUCGCUUGUGAACCCAGAGGAUGGCGAGGUUUUGAUAUCUGAUUUGAAGGUACCGUUCGUGUGUAGUGAUUGCACGUCGUGCGCGGGCUGCCACCGCCAGAAAGAGAAUGAGGACCAAGCCUUGAGGACUGCGACAGGCAAUGCCUCUGACGAACUGAGUCCACGUUGGUCACAGUGGCGUCUUCCGUUGCAAUCCGCCGCACUAUGCUCAAAGUGUAUUCCAUAUUACAAGGCUAACCGGUUCUGUGGUGUCUGUAAUCUGGUGCUGGACGACGAGCAAUUGGCGACAAGUGUGGAUAUGCUGACAUGUUCGACAUGCCACCACUGGAUCCACGCGGACUGUGAGCCAGAUCCUCACCCGGCUUUCCACGCAUUCAGCGCUAGCAGGGAUUUCACGUUGGAUGUUAUCGUCGAUGAUGAACCAAGCCUACCGAAUUCAGAGGGCAACGCGGGGCCUACCGCCACUAUCGCCCAAGCAAGUCGUGAAGUUGAUACUGAGUCGAACUCAAGUGUAAGGACCCCAGUGGGUAGCCGCAGCCCGUCUGUGGAACGGGAAGCGCCAGCUAAUGGGAGAAAUCUUGCAAUUAGAGAUGACGGAUUCAAGACGGCCAAGCAGAUUGAAGAAGACUUUGCCCAUUCCCUUCGGUUUGGAGCUUCGUACGACCCGAAGGUGCUGCACAAUUAUGAGUGCCUUACGUGCCGUAAGGUUCGUAUGCUUCAUGUACUCCACCGCCUUGGCGUCGAAGACAAGCUGGACCUGUUCAAAGAGCCUGUAACAGAGGCGAUUGCCCCUACAUACUUCGACAUCAUCAAGUCCCCUAUGGAUCUCAGUACCAUGCGGCGCAAAAUUCUGGAUGGCAAGUACACUUGCGUUAACUUCCGGUCUUUCCGUGACGAUUUCGAGUUAAUGUGCCUGAACGCUGUCACGUUCAACUCGAAGGAACGCGAUUUCUUGAUUUGGCGCGAGGCUUGGAGGUUCUACGGCCAAGGACAGAGAAUUUUCCGCCAAACGGCACCCAAGGCUCGCAUGAAGCAGCGCGGAGGACGCCAUUACGAUGCCCUGUUAGUCGCAGCGAAGCGGCAGUUGCCUAACAAUUCAGCACUAGCUGGAAAAGCGGAUGGUGAUUCAGUUGAGGCAAACCAGAAUGACGGCGAUGGUGGAGACAACGACGAUGAUGACGACCUUGAUGAUGAUGAAGAUGGCGACAAUGGCUCAGAUGCGGGAUCAGAAGCAAACACACGAGGAAAUGGCCAGCAAGAAAAUGCAGGCUCUUCCGUUGGGUCAGCAAGUGCCAUGGCAUCAGAUGCAGCAUCAGUGCACGACAGUGAUGCAAGCAGUAAUUUACCGGAUUCAGCAGGAACUAAUCAGCGAAGAGAGCUAACUCGUACCGCUAGUUCGGCUGGAACAGCUAAUGGAUCAAUCUCCGCCGUGAGCACAGCGCUCGGUGACCGACGAAUUAUCACGAAUGAUGCGCUGAUAUUCCAGACAAAACUCCGCGCUGGCAAUUCGAUCUCGCGCGUCCCGCUCUUCCAGCUCGUACAGACGCGCACUUCAGCUCAUACAUACAGCUGGUUGGAUAUGUGUGCUGUGUGCGGCAGUGCUGGCUUGCAAAGCGACUUUAUUUUCUGCGUUGACUGCGGCGAAGGGUUCCACUCAUUCUGCGCUCCCGGUAUGGGCAUUGACCGCAUGGAAGGCAACGACCAGAUUCGUGCUUACUGGCGGUGUCCGAACUGCAAAAUGUGCGAAAUAUGUGGUCAACCUGGAGCCGUUUGUGGGGCUGAAGGCAACCCCGGCCGCGUACCUGCAACAGCAGGAAGUAUCGACAGCCCAGCUCCUCCUACUCCUACAGCAAGUGGUGUAGUGGAGGCGGACAUUUCCCUGGAGCUUUCUAUCAGUGAACCACUUUUACUGUGCGCGAAUUGCGAUCGUGGUUACCACGGUUCUUGCCUAGUGCCAGCUAUUAAGCUGCCGAAUUCGAAGAAGCGCGACGGCGAUACCCUCACAAUUUUCUGCGCAAGCUGCGUAACAUGCACAAAUUGCGAGGAUACCAAGAAGAAUAGCGUGGAGCACCUGCAUUCUGAAGAGGCUAAGAAGGACCAUCUCGCGACCCUCGAGCGCACUUACAGCUACGAACGAAAUAAGUGCUUGCACUGCCACAACCGCCGAGAGCGCGAGGCGGAAGCUCUCAAGGAAAAGACCCGACUGCUGACGGAGGUGUGGUCCGAAGCUGCGCGCAAAAACAAGAAGGACGCUGAAAAGUGCCCACUCUGUCGACGUAAAUGGGAUGCCGACUCCGAAGAACUUAUGCAGUGUGAUGCCUGUGAGCGUUGGGUGCAUCCUCCGUGCGAUGCCUUGCUGAAGGCUGAACCUAAGCGGUACCAGAUCCUCGUGGACGAUCCCAAUGCUGUGUACGUGUGUGCUGCGUGCCGUCCCCAGGAACGUGCGCACCUUACCAGCAAGGCCUCUGAUGGUGAAGGUUGGCGAUGUCAGGUGCUCAUUGCCGAUAUUCAGCGUAAGCGUUUGCAGUGCGAGUCCAGCUGGAAGGAGACGCACAUGCAGCAUGAACAGGUUGAGCGGUGGAAGCGUUUGGCCGACCACACGCCUGUUUACUUGUACGUGCUGCGCCUUGGAGAGGAAUGUCUCCGGAAUUUCGCGUACCGCAGCCUCAACUUUCAAAGUGACUGGUAUCGCUUUACGAAGCAGCAAGAGCUAGAUGCGAGUGGGGUGACUUUGCCAGAUUGGCUACUGCGCAAGGCCAAUCGGUACAUGCGGUUCAAACGGUACGUUCGAGGACCUCGCGCAGCAGCCCGGCGUCAAGAGCGGAAGACACAAAGCUUCUACUCUAAGCAAACUGUCGGCUUAAACACUCGCAAGGAUGCGAGUGCCAUCUGCACAAUUGUAUCCGAAGCUGCAAGCUGCGCUGCGCUGUUGGCAUGCGUACAUCUUCUCUAUGGGUGGCGCCCACUUCCUGAAGUUGUACUGCACUUGCUAUCGUGCGACGAGGACGGAGUGACUGGAACUGAACAACGCAAACUGGGAGAGCCGCUGUUAAAGCGUCUGCGAGCUGGUGAGAGUGUUGACGGCGAAGAGACGAAACCACGAUUGAAACUGGAAGAGGAAAUCGCUGCGAUCAAAGAACAAUACGAUCGUCGCGUAGCUAAAAGACACCUCGUGCACGAAGCUACUUCAGAAAUCACGGUAUUUGGCGCCGGUGAUGCUGCAACUGGAACUGUAACCUCACCGAACAAUGGAUCGAAAACAGAGAAGGAACCUUCUUUAAAGGACGGAAGUGGUGACCCACCUUCGGAUGCGAAGAGGCCUACGCCUCAAGUGAGUAUUGACACGCUACCUGCCUCCAAAGAACACACGACACCUUUGCCAGCAGCAUCGCCGCUCACACCGUCCCGCGGAAAGCAUGGUGUGAUGGUCCAGAUGACGACAGCGUGUCCCUUACAUGGUUGGCCCACCAGCGCUGAAGGAGAAAAGGACUUGGACGACAGCGAAUCCUCUGGCACCUUGACCAUACCAUUCGAAGACUCUCGAUUUUGCGCUUUGUGUUUCAUGAUUGGCGACAACACUGCGUGUGGACGUCUGCUCUACACCGAGUCCGAAACCUGGGUGCAUGUAAAUUGUGCGAUUUGGUCUAUGGAGGUGUACGAGGACGCGGCGGGUGUGCUGCAUAAGUGCAACAAGGCAAAACACCGCAGCCGCCUCGUUCGCUGCGACGCAUGUGGGCUCAUGGGAGCCACUAUCGGUUGUACCAUAGCACGCUGCACGACACACUACCACUUUCCGUGCGCAGUAGAUGCUGGAGUGGCGUUCUUACCGAACGGUGAAACUUGCUGCCCAUUUGCACCACACUUGGAUAUCGUGGCACGAAAACUGAAGGCUACUAACGGAAUGCCGUUGUCAAUAGCCGCUACGCCUCAAGUCGUUGAUGUGAAGGCUGAAGAACCGCAAGCUGUUGAGAACGGAGACGAUGAGAUGGCCAGCGCAGUAUCAGCUACAUCUGAUCGGAAUGCAUCGAGUGUAACAAUUGAUGAAAAUGAGUCUGCGGACGCGGUGAGUUCAGCGGAGGAUAGUGGAGGCAAGAGCGAUGAAAAUGCAGACGACAGUGAACCCAAGAUGCCGGUCAAUGAAGAUUUGACGACAUCGAGGCUCCCAACAGCUUCGCCCGACAGUGCUGCGGAAGCCGAGGCACCCUCGAUUGAUGAAAUUAAGGAAGAGAGUGUUGAUGCACCUGCAGACAAGAAGACGGGCGAAGAAAAUUCGCAGACCCCCGCGCAGGACAACAAAACAGCCAGUGACGAACCUGUGGCAGCUCCAGAAUAUGUGCUACCAGUGAUUAAUCCGCGUCCGGAGCCGCGAAGAAGUCUAUUCAGUGACCCACCACUCGUGACAGUGUCUGAUUUGAAAAAGAAGAAGCGUGCCGAGAUCAAACGCGGCAUCAAGCCACGUCCGAUGUGCUACCGCCUGGGUGCGCUGACGGUUCACUCUCUUGGUCACGUGUUUGUUGGCAACGGAAGCUUCCAUACUCGAACGGCUAUUUACCCGCUGGGAUUCCGUAGCACUCGCAUUUUCUGGAGCACACGUCACCUGGCGACACGUUGUCUCUAUGAAUGUGUGAUCUCUAGCACCGAAAUUGAAGAGCGACGUGCCCGCCGACUAAAGGGUGAAGUUGAAGCUGAUGAUGGUGAGUAUGAUCAGCAUCGACAACGACCGCGCGUGGUGUUUAAGAUUACAGCGUCGGAUGACCAAGAGCGACCAAUUGUAGCAUCUACACCGGAAGAUGCGCUGAUCGAGUUACGGAGCCGCGUGGUGUCACUCUAUGAAGAGCAGAGAGGAUUCUCUGCGACUCCCCGAUGUGGCGGUCGAAGGCACGGCUCUGCUGCGGUGGAGACUGAGCGAAAUCCAUUCUUGAAGCGCAGCUCGUGGUUCUCGUUUGCACUGAGUGGCGACUACUUCUUUGGAUUCGGGCUGCCUGAAAUCACACGCCAGAUCGAGAAGCUCCCUUACGCGCCUACUACUGCGAUUUGCCGCCGCUCUAUUGUGAGGAAGCUCCGACAACAACAGCAGCGCCAAGGGCAAAGCCCGCUGGCUGGCUCAGCCGCAGCGACGUGGGGGUCUGGCUCGCGAAAGCGCAGCCAUGACACGAUGCAGCAAAGUGCAGCUAGUGCAGCUGACGUGAUCUCCGCAAUGUUUGAGGAUGAAGUGGAAGCGGAGCCGUACGAAUUCUCGCAAGUGCUACCGUCUGCCGAAGCAUUCCAGACUGCCGAAAGAGUGAUGGAGCAGCUCAUCCGGGCUGAGCAGCGUGCGCGACAGUCCUCUGGAUGUGCACGAGCCGAUGGGUUUGAGGGCAAUAGGCUGUUUGGUGCACCAAAGAAGGCCAAGAUCAUGCCGAGACGCCAAGCACUCAACAAGGAAGCCACCAACGAGCCCUUAGCCGGAGCAGCGAACGGCAAUGCGACUGGAAGCAGCAAUAGCGGUGGUGUAGCUAUGGAUAUCGAGCAUUUACCGAUCACGAUGCAGUACCGAGAGCUGCGUCGUCGGCCGUUCGACGAGCGCAUGCUGGUUCGGAAGUCAUCCAUCCACGGCUACGGGUUGUUCAUGAAGGAGGCUGUGAGCGAGGGUCAGAUGAUCGUCGAGUACCAGGGGCAAAUGAUUAACCAGGCCGUGGCGGAUGAGCGGGAACGGCGCUAUGAAGAGCAGGGCGUUGGCAGCUGCUACAUGUUCCGUCUUGACGAGAAAACGAUCAUCGACGCUACAAGGUGCGGCAACCUCGCUCGCUUUAUCAACCACUCGUGUGACCCCAAGGCUUUCGCGCGCAUUGUGGCCGUGGAAGGCGGAGAGAAGAAAAUUGUGAUUUUCGCCAAGCGGGCUAUUGCGGUGGGAGACGAAGUGACGUACGACUACAAGUUCCCGAUUGAGGACGAGGCCAUCCGCUGCGACUGCAACGCACCGAAUUGCAUUGGUCGCAUGAACUAG